AUGAAUGCAGCGUCAGGCAAGGAGGAGCAGCGGCCACUGUUGGACCAGCAUUCGUCAGUAAAACAGAGCACUAAGGGUCCUCAGAAGUAUUCACCACGGCAAGAAUCUGAGCAGGCUCCCAGCAAAAGUAUGGAGCGACAUACAGAGAAUGCAGAACAAUCCAGGGGAAAGUUAGGACAUAUGGUUGCGCCAGCGCCCGGAAAGCAGAUGCGUACUGGAGCUCAAAGGACGUCCCGUACUGCACAGAAAUUGAAGCUACUGCCUGAGGAACCUUUUCAACGAGAUGACGAAAGGCAGGAGCUACGUGAUAGAGAUGUUUACUCACAGGUGAACAGGAUUACUGACAAGCCCGCUAGGCGGGAUGCGGAAAAGUUGGGUAAAGGUCAUAGACAUCUGCUUCCGAGGGCUACUGCGUACUGUACGGCAAGUAGCUACCAUAUGAGGGAGCUUAUCAAAUGGCUGAAGGAUUGUAGGAAAAUUCAUCAUACGCAUCCGAAAUUAUUUGACGAAUGCCUGUACACGCCAUUCAUGUACACCGAUUGGAGGGGAGACAAAAGAUUUGAGCAUGAGGACCUCAUAAGGUUAGACGAUGAAGGUGGCGAAAUUAAUGUCAGUGAUAAGCAGCCUGAGAUAUACAUUUUUGAAUAUGGAGUUGUUGUUUUGUGGGGUUUUACAGAGCGUGAAGAGAAAGCAUUUUUGAACGAUAUAGAAAGGUUCGAGAAAGAGAAGCUUGCCGAGGAGGACGUCCAAGUUGAAGAGUUCAAUUACUAUGUUACUCAAAGUUAUCAACCAAGGAUAUACAAUGAUUUCAUCACGCUACGAGACGGGUCGAACUAUAUGAUAAAACUGUCAAUAUCGCACGCCAUUGCACAAAGUGUCAAGAUCUCUCUUUUCGAAGAAUUAGUUGAUAAUACAAUUGAAGAUACACAAGACAUACCGCAGGAAAUUGCUUCAAGCGGUAAAGUUUCUAUGAGCAAAGAGGAUAUCAUGAAAAGUAUUGGGGAACUGUUCAUCCUUAGAAUCAACAUUAAUUUGCAUGGAUCUGUCCUGGACUCACCGGAGAUCAUGUGGUCUGAGCCUCAGCUGGAACCCAUAUACCACGCAACCAGGGGUUACCUAGAGAUAAAUCAACGAGUUGCGCUGUUGAAUCAACGACUAGAAGUCAUCUCUGAUAUGUUACAGAUGCUUAAGGAGCAAUUGGGGCACUCGCACGAGGAGUAUCUUGAGUUCAUCGUCAUUCUACUGGUUGGAGUUGAAGUGUUAAUAUCAGCUGUAAACAUAGCUGUCGACAUGCUAGCGAAGAAGGACUAA